GAUGUUCUUAUUCCAUCGCACAGGAAAACUGUGCGCCUGGAAACUCUAUCGCCGUAUGCGGUGUGAAUUUUCCGCACUAAUAGAUCCGCCAUCGUGUCGUCACGUCCAGCCAGUUUAGUAGUCCGUCAGUAAGUCGGUUUAGUGAGUGAAAAGAUUCGGUUCGAUUCGGAGUGCUACAUCGGUUUGUAGUCCGGUUCCUGAUGUGUACGCAAAGGUCACUGGGAAUGUAACUCUUGUUUUUUUUUCGUACCGAAAUGAACCGUGAAACGCGUAAAUGUUUUCUUCGCUGAUCUCGAUUUUGAUUUGAGUGGCUGGUGAAAGGUUUUUCGCUCCAGACGGAAUCUUAAAAGCAAAGCUCACAUCCAACGCGCUAUCUGACACGCGAACGCACUUAAGUAAAGAGUUGGUGGCUGUCUGUGAAUGUGAAAAAGUGGAUUUUCUCAGCAAAGGAAAUCGUCUAGAUUGGCAAGCGAAAGGAAGUGGAUAUUGGCGGUGGGAAAAGUGUGUGCUUGCGUUUGGAUAAACACGAACCAGAUUUGUUAUUCUUUCGAGCCUGCCCGUGCGAACGCCUGAUUGAAUGUUUUCUAACCACAUCGACAUUAGUAAGAGGAAAAUUAUUAUUGGAGGAGGAAAAGCCGCUGCUGCAGCAGGACUACCAAUGUAAUUGACCAAUUCGACUGUGACUAAACGAUCGCACAAGCAACUGCACAUCUUCUACGAUGAGUUACAUGGCGGAAGAAAAGAUUAAACUCGCCGGCGAAGACUCCAAAGACCGGCUAUAUGAAGCCAAGCAAAACCAGAAAGCGAUACGGAUUUUAACGGUUGCCGCCUAUGUCCUGUGCGUAUCGCUGGUGGCCAUCAUGCUUUCGCUGUAUUACAUCUUCAUAUGGGAUCCAAGCACGAAUCAAAUGAACGCCAAAACCCAAACAGUUGAUAACAUCGUCAUACCGGACAACUUGGCUAUCCAGCUGGCGAACCGCAGCGAAGUACCGGCGGAGCUAUUCUACACCAACCUGUACCGACACCUGAUCCACAGCAAAACGAUCAAGGCCCGGAAAUCGGCUGCCAUUCGGGAGUCGUCCAACUUGACCCGGCUGAUCCAGCUCUACCACCAGCAGCGGGAUGGCAGUGAGGGGCGAGCUCAGGCCCUAAGCGAUCUGGAACCGCUGGUAGACGGGACUGCAUCGUAUUUAUCGUCAGCCGAAAGCACGCAGCCGCCGCCAUCUUCGGCGUCCGAUAUCAUGAUGGCCGACGAGGACGACGGUGGCGACGACUACGAGCAGAGCGGUAACUACGGCCUCUACUCGAAUCACACGACCAUACAGCUGGACCAGGACGAUGCGACGCAGCAGUGAUUUUACACAAUAUUUCCAAAAGGAUACUAAUUUUCUAUUGAAAAUGGCGUAGGCGCCAGUCACACACAACACAACACUCUUUCACGAUGCGAUUUUUGCGGCUAGAGUCACGACACCACAAUCAAUUCGGCGAUAAUUUUACGGAUGUGUUUACUGAAAACUAAAUUAUUCAAUUUUUCGGUGGUUUGUUGUUAGAGAACAUGCCUUGGCGUUAACGGAGUAGGCUUUGACUUUUCACUGGCACUGAAUGUGGAGAACAAAAACAGCAAUAGGUGCUUGGGAAAAGAAUUAGACUCUGCAUGGAACUCUUUAUACUUGGCGAUUGGUAAGAAGUUACACACUGAACAAUGUGGCCUAAAUUUGGAGAAAUCCUCGAUCUAAAAAACUGUCAAAAUCAUUGAAAAUCGAAAUUGCUUUAAAUAAUAUUAGCUCCGGCAUUUUUAUCGGUGCGGAACAAAAAAGAAGAAGGGUUGAUAAGAAAGAGGAAUAGAUACAUCAUUACUUAUACACUAUUAUAGAUUUACUAUCUAGUCAUAACAACGCACUUUUAUUCACUAUUUCAAUUAAAUCCACUUCCUAAAAUUUACUUUUUGAACUUUAGUGAACGAAGAAGAAUAACCCAAAUGACGUUAGUUACUGUCCAAAACAAAUCACAAUUGCGAAACGUUUAACUCUAUUUACUCUGAGCACUCGAAAUAAAGACAUAGCAAAGCAGAAAGUGAGUUAAUAAAAAUCAUUUUAAUGGCAGAGAAUCAUGCUAAUUCGAAGGAGAAGGGGAAGGUCAUAAUAUUACUAAAUGUUGUAUGAAUCGACAUGUUGACGACACUUGAAGAUGUCAUUAGUUGUUAAGUUUAAGUGAGAUAAGAAGAAUAAAGAGAAUUUUAAAUUAUGCAA